GCCAAAAUGAAGACUUCAGCGCCUGGCUGCACCUGUGGUAUCGCUCUGGUCCUGCUCUCGCUGCUGGCUGUCCUUCACACCACCACCGCCCAAAAGAAUGACAUUGACAUCUACAGCCUAACUGUGGACUCCAAGGUCUCAUCCAGAUUUGCCCACACGGUCGUUACCAGCAGGGUGGUCAACAGGGCCGAUGUUACACAGGAGGCCACCUUCCAGGUGGAGCUGCCCAAGAGAGCCUUCAUCACCAACUUCUCCAUGAUCAUCGAAGGUGUGACCUACCCAGGGAACAUUAAGGAGAAGGCUGCAGCCCAGGAGCAGUACAGCGCGGCCGUGGCCAGGGGAGAGAGUGCCGGCCUCAUCAAGGCCACCGGAAGAAAGAUGGAGCAGUUCCAGGUGUCAGUCAAUGUGGCCCCCUCUGCCAAGGUCACCUUCGAGCUGGUGUAUGAGGAGCUGCUCAAACGGCAUCUAGGAGUCUAUGAGCUGCUGCUGAAGGUCCAGCCCCAGCAGCUGGUCAGGCACCUGCAGAUGGACAUUCACAUCUUCGAGCCUCAGGGCAUCAGCCUUCUGGAGACAGAGAGCACCUUCAUGACCAACGAACUGGCAGAUGCCCUCACCAUCUCACAGAACAAGACCAAGGCUCACAUCCGAUUCAAGCCCACACUCUCCCAGCAAAAGUCCCCAGGGCAGGAGGACACAGUCGUGAAUGGCAACUUCAUCAUCCGCUACGAUGUGAACCGGACCCUCUCCGGGGGCUCCAUUCAGAUUGAGAAUGGCUACUUUGUGCACUACUUUGCCCCUGAGGGCCUACCCACAAUACCCAAGAAUGUGAUCUUUGUCAUUGACAAGAGCGGCUCCAUGUUCGGCAGGAAAAUCCAACAGACCCGGGAAGCCUUAAUCAAGAUCCUGGAUGACCUCAACCCCAGAGACCAGUUCAACCUUAUCAGCUUCAGCGGGGAAGCAACCCAGUGGAAGCCAUCACUGGUGGCAGCCUCAGCUGAGAACGUGAACCAGGCCAGGAGCUAUGUGGCCGGCAUCCAGGCCCAAGGCGGGACCGACAUCAAUGAGGCCAUGAUGAUGGCCGUGCAGCUGCUGACUAACGCCAACCGGCAGGAGCUGCUGCCCGCGGGGAGCGUCUCCCUCAUCAUCCUGCUCACUGACGGCGACCCCACUGCGGGAGAGACCAACCCUGCGAAGAUCCAGAAGAACGUGAAGGAGGCCAUAGCUGGCCAGUACAGCCUCUUCUGCCUGGGCUUCGGCUUCGAUGUCAGCUAUGCUUUCCUGGAGAAGCUGGCACUGGACAACGGUGGCCUGGCUCGGCGCAUCUAUGAGGACUCGGACUCCUCCCUGCAACUCCAGGACUUCUACCAGGAAGUGGCCAACCCACUGCUGACAGCAGUGACCUUUGAGUACCCAAGCAACGCUGUGGAGGAGGUUUCACAGGACAACUUCCGGCUGCUCUUCAAAGGCUCUGAGAUCGUGGUGGCUGGGAAGCUCCAGGACCAGAGCCCUGAUGUGCUCUCAGCCAAAGUCAGAGGCCAUCUGCACAUGCAGAACAUCACCUUCCAAAUGGAGUCCAGCAUAGCGGAGAAGGAAGGAGAGUUUCAGAGCCCCAAGUACAUCUUCCACAGCUUCAUGGAGAGACUCUGGGCAUAUCUGACCAUCCAGCAGCUGCUGGAGAAAAUGAUUUCUGCCUCUGAUGCUGAAAAGCAGGCCCUCGAGACCCGAGCCCUGAACUUGUCACUGCAGUACAGUUUUGUCACACCCCUCACGUCCAUGGUAGUCACCAAACCAGAAGGCAAAGAACAGUCCGAAGUUGCUGAGAAGCCCCUGGAAACCGAAAACAAGCACAAGCAGUUCCAGUUUGGUCUUCCUCUCUCCAGAUUUCGUACCAUGGGAGACACAAGGUCCAGAAUAACAGGGAGCAGCUAUCCAGACCCCUUCCUUACCGAAAGAGGCUUAAGAGGACCAAGACCAGCUGGACCUCUCAUGAAGGUGUCUAGUAACUCAGGGAGACACGGACCCCAAGGACCUCCUCAUUCUCCUCUUCCUCCUCAUCUAACCUACCUUGGGGUUAGGGAAUCGCUGCUGCCAGAAGUGUGGUUAGCCCCCUCCACUCCUGAUGAAAUGUUUCGUAAUGUGGAUUUAAGAACUAAGGCCAGAGCCCCUGACACACCUUCUAACACUAUGACCCAGAGACAUCAGGAAAGGAAACCCUCGGGGAGCUCUACGGGCUUGUCACAGUCAGCCAAGACAGACUCACCCCCAGCCCCCAUCCAGGCACCUUCUGUCAUCCUGACACUGCCCGGACAGAGUGUGAACCGCCUCUGUGUGGACAUCAAGCACUCUCAGGGGUCAAUGAACCUGCUCUCAGACCCUGACCAAGGGGUUGAGGUGACUGGCCAGUAUGAGACGGAGAAGGCCCAGUUCUCGUGGAUUGAGGUGACCCUGAAGAACCCCCAGCUGCAGGUCCGCGCCUCCCCUGAGCAUGUGGUAGUGACUCGGAACCGAAGAAACUCUGCCUAUAAGUGGAAGGAGACGCUGUUCUCGGUGAUACCCAGCCUCAACAUGACCAUGGACAAGACGGGACUCCUGCUGCUCAGCAGCCCAGGCAAAGUGACCAUCGGCCUGCUCCCCUGGGAUGGCCCUGGGGCAGGACUGCGGCUCCUUCUGCGGGACACCGACCACUUCUCUAGCCACGUUGGUGGGACCCUUGGCCAGUUCUACCAGGACGUGCUCUGGGGGCCCCCAGAAGCGGCAGAUGACAGCAGGCGAACACUGAGCGUUCAGGGCCGUGACUACUCUGCUACCAGAGUGCUCAAGCUGGAUUACCAAGAGGGCUCCCCAGGAACAGAGAUUUCCUGCUGGUCCGUGGAGCUGUAGUUAUGUGGGAGGGGUUAUGCCCCUCCCCCAGGUGGCACAGAGAGCUGCCACCCUAUGACUAGAAGACCGCCUGUGUGGGGCCUGGACCGUGAUGGGGAGGGAUAUUCCUACUCAUUCCAAAUAAAGGUGCUGCGAGCCCAGGAAAUGGA